CACUCAUUCAUGCAGAAGCUGGAGAGCAGUGGCUGCGGACACACCUGAGAUUAGCUGCGAGGAAUCAGAGCCAUGACCAGGGCUGAGGGCAUCUCACUCACUCUGUGGGUUUUCCUCCUCAUCAUUAUCUCCAGAGCCACUCUCAUAGACGCGAGUUCAGAGAAAUCGGGGGACCAAAGUGAAGAGAAGCGAGAGCUGCUUGGAGUCCUACAGAAAGUGCUGGAAAAGUUGCAGAACAGAAGAACUGUAACAUGGGAGAGAAAACACAGCCGCCUGCCAGAAUGUAACAUUGGGGAUUUCUGUACAGUGAAGAAAGGCUCUCGAUUUGGUCAGCUCUGCGACUGUCCACGAGGAUCUAAGUGCAAUCUGUUCUUCCUGAAAUGUUUGUGAAUGCAAGAUUAAAUAAAAAACUUUAGCUCUUGCUGCUUAAGAUUUUGUAAUUCAGGAAUGAACUAUUAGGUAGAGUCACUGAUAUCUGUAAAUCUACAGUUAUGUUUUAAAUUAUCUUUUGUAAACAUGUUUUAUAUCAAUUUAACAGAUUUCUAUGAACAUGUACAUAUGUAAAGUUGCUAUUUUUUUGAAUAAAUACAUUUAUGAGUG